AUGAGUGAGAAUACUAUAAAAGUGUCGAAAAAGAGAAAUAGACUCUCGUUCGUCUGUCAAGCUUGCAGGCGAUCGAAAACGAAAUGUGACAAACUAAAACCAAGAUGUUCAAGAUGUAAAAAUCAGGACCUUUCAUGUGUAUAUGAUAUUGCGACUCAAACAAGGCCAAAAUGUGCAAGCAGGAAAUCUCAAAUCCAGAUGCUGGAUAAUGAACUGGAUUUUUGGAAGAAAAAAACCAACCAAUUAAUGAAAUUGCAAUACAAUAAAAUCGUCGAAUCGAAACACGCUCAUCUAUUUGGAGAUUUGGAAUUGUUACCAGAGAGGGACUUAGUGAAUAACAAGAGAACAGUUAAAGAUUUCUGGGAUUUAAAUGUGAAUAUUUAUAGAGCCGAUACAAAUUUAAUAAUAAGCCCCAUCAUGAAGAUUGAAGUGACUCCCUUAUCGGAAAAUAAUAUCAUUGUCAAUGAUCACUUCAUUAUUACCUUGAUCAUAUCGGUGGUGGCAACAUCAAAUGAAAAUGUUGCAAUGUUACCUGCAUACGCUUCAGAACCAAAUAUGGCAAGAUUUUGUCCCUCUGUAAUUGACACAAUCUUGAAAAAUAAAGAUAUUCUAGCUCAACAUUGCCAAAAUGCUCAUGAGAAAAGUAGAAUAGAAUAUUUUACUAAUAAAUUGUUACAAAUCCCAAUACCUCAUACAGAGUCUGCAAGAUUGGACUCCUUUUUGGCAGAUAUAAAUAAAGAUUUAAGUUAUCCAUACUUAGAGGACCAUUGCACUUUAGAAGGCGGUUAUUCAGAGCUUCUCGAAUCAUUCAUCGACUCGUACGAACAAUUACUUCCACCAUAUGACAUCAUAUUACAUUAUAAAGCUCAUUUCUAUGAAAAUAUAUAUCCAUGUCUACCAUUUCUCGAUAAAAAUUCAUUUGAAAAUAUGUUUAAAAGUAUUGUCUUUAAGGAUCCAAACAAUUCAAACAAGAUUAAAUUAAAUUUCGGUACAUCAGGUUUAAGAGCAAAAAUAGAAACAAUGUGUCUCUUAGCUAUUAUCUUAAAAUUAUCGUAUAUGUCACUAAUGUUCAUCAAUGAGAAGGAUAUUGAUGUUAAAAAUAUAACUUCAGAUGUCCUAAAAAAAUAUCCCAUCAGUAACAAGACAAUAUCUUUGAUUCAAAAAUGUGCCGUUUCAGAAAAUUGGAUUGCUUGUCCAAAUGAAAGCAUUGUAGCAUGUCUCUUAUACCUGUGGUCAUAUUUAGUGUUUUCUCCCGAGGAAGGUGAUUUUUUUACUGCAAAUCCUACCGAUGUAUUAUGUAACUUGAUUAUUAUGUUGUCAACUACGAUAGGUCUACAUAGAGACCCUACAGAUUUUAGAAAUAUAGAUGGGGAUUCAAAUAGAGAAUUAAGAAAUCACAGACGUUUAUUAUGGUUAUGUGUCAUAGGGAUGUCAGGUAUUGAGAUUAUUUUAAAAGGUAGGCGUGGGACUUCAAAAAGCUUUAUGUCAUCAUUUAUUGAUAUAGAUGAUCCGAAUGUGAUGAAUCAAUAUAUACAGAGGGUUAAGAAUGAUAUGGAGGUUCCUGAUACGUUUAUUCUAAAAUUACAUGAAAAUACUUUCAAAUAUGCGUAUUUGGUUUCUUUACAUCAAAGGAUAAGUGAUUGUUUCCUUAAAUACAGUGGAACAUUUAAAUUAAGAGAAAUCAACGAAUUGAAGGAGAAAAUCGAUGCUUUUAUAAAGAAGGAGUUUCCUCUAGAAUCUCGUGCAGAAAAUCUAAAAGAUUUAAAUAUCAAUGCAACAAAUGAUGAUAUUAUCAAUCAAUUAUCAAUUAUUACAACAAAAAAUUCAGCUAAUUUUCUUUAUACAGUGUUGAGUAAAUUAAUCAUGUUGAGAGUUUCGUUAGCAUUAUUAUUCCAUUUUGAAAAAUGUUGCGUUCAACAGAAAAAGGAUAGGGAAGCUGAAAAGAAUAAGAAUUCCCAGAAUACUAUUGAUUAUUUACCAUAUUAUUAUCAUUAUUUGAAGGAAUCUAUAUGCUAUACUGUAUUAUUGGCAAACUAUAUAGGUUACUUUUAUGAUAAAGGUAAUUCUAAUGUCAUCUCACCGUUAACCACCUAUCAUAUGUCUAAAAUCAUUCAAUUAUCACUUUCAACUGUAUUAUUAACAGCUCUAUCCACCGGCUUAAAAGUCCAUGUGUCUAUAAACGAAUUAUUAUCAAGUUCAACAUCUGUAAUAAUUGAAACUUCUGAAAAGAUUCAACUUUUAUCAGAAUUGGAGGUAAUAAUGAGAACAGCAUUGUUCAGAACAUAUAACCUAGUAUCGGAAAACUUAAGAUUUACCUAUUAUCCCGUGUUUAAGAUGUUAGUUUUGUUCGACGUGUUUAUGGUGAAAUAUAAAAAAGAUGAGUUAAUACCAAAUUAUUUCAAGAGCCUCGAAGCGGGACUAAAAAUUGAAAGACAAGAAAAAUUAUUUGGGUUGACAUUUAAUUAUAAACUCGAAAAGAAUGAAAAGAUGAUAGAUGAUAUCCGUAGUAGAAAUCUUAUUGGAAGUUUCAGUUGUGAUCAAUUGAGAAGUAUCUUGGAUAAAAUCCAACAAACUAAUUUAGAAAUUAUACCAGAUAAUUCAGAUAAUUAUUCCAAUGGUACUAUGGCUAAUAUUCCACCAUUACAAUCACAUGAUAAUAAUAGUAAUGAAUUAGGUGAUACCCCAAUGUCAGAUAUUAAUGAGAUACAAGCCCCGGAGAAAAAUUAUUAUUAUUCUUCAGAGGUUAAUGAAUCUUCAAGUAAUAAUAACAAUAAUGUAAACAUGAUCAAUCAAAAUUAUCCAACUGCACCAUUACCUAAUGCGCAAUUACCAAACUUUCCAACAGGUCAAAAUGCUCCACAAUUAUCUGAAAAUGUAGUAGGUAUGGGGAAUGCAGGUUUUAACAGCAAUAACAAUAAAACCGGUAACACCAAUAAACCAGAAGAUUAUAAUGAAUUUCAGAAUCCAGUUACACUUGCAUCUGAAGAUACUUUAGAAUUUGCUAAUCUAUUCGGUGAUGUGGAUAUAUUUGGAUAUGAUUUCUUCUUUGGUACUGAUUAA